AUGGCACCGAAUGCCAACCCCACUCCCAGCCCUGGCAGGUGGGGCUGUUCGAGGGUGCCAACCUGCGCUGUGGGGGUGUCCUCAUCGACCGCAGGUGGGUGCUCACUGCAGCCCACUGCACCGGCAGGCCCAUACCCGGACCGACUCCAGUGCCUCAACUUAUCCAUCGUCUCCAGAGAAACCUGCCAAGCUGUGUUUCCUGGGAGAAUCACUGAGAACAUGGUGUGUGCAGGAGGCGUUGCAGGGGCUGAUGCCUGCCAGGGAGACUCCGGGGGCCCCUUGGUCUGCAAUGGCGUCCUUCAAGGUCUGGUGUCCUGGGGCUCCGUGGGGCCCUGUGGGCAGCAAGGAAUUCCUGGAGUCUACACCAAUAUUUGCAAGUACGGGGACUGGAUCCAGACGGUCAUGAAGAACAACUGA